GCGGAAGGGGCGGGGGCUCCCAGGCUCCCAGGCGGGGCCUCCGCUGAAGGUGCGGAGCUCAGGGUGCCGAGAGCGCGGAGUAGAGCAGCGCCCACUGGGGAGAAGUGGGAGACAAGGAUCGCGCCGUCCUAGCCCGCCUGCCAGCGUCCACGCGUCUCCUGCAUCUUUACCCCUUCCCGGCCCUUGCCGGACGCGACUGGCGGCCAUGCAGCCCCGGGGUUGAGGCGGCCCCAUGGCGAAGCUCGCGUCCCCGCGGUCCUGGCAACGACGGCGCAUGGAGAACUUCCGUAAGGUGCGCUCCGAGGAGGCGCCGGUGGGGGGCGGGGCCGAUGGGGGCGGCCCGGGCUCUGGCCCCUUCGCGGACCUGGCGCCGGGAGCGGUGCACAUGCGGGUCAAAGAGGGCAGCAAGAUCCGGAACCUGCUGGCCUUCGCCACCGCCAGCAUGGCGCAGCCAGCCACGCGCGCCAUCGUCUUCAGCGGCUGCGGUCGGGCCACCACCAAGACCGUCACGUGCGCGGAGAUCCUCAAGCGCCGCCUGGCGGGCCUGCACCAGGUCACGCGGCUGCGCUACCGGAGUGUGCGCGAGGUGUGGCAGAGCCAGCCACCUGGGCCCUCGCCGAGUCAGAAGCCUGGCGACCCAGCUACCAGUCUCAGUGUAGUUAAGAACGUGCCCAGCCUCGCCAUCCUACUUUCCAAGGAUGCACUGGAUCCGCGCCAACCGGGCUACCAGCCCCCUAACCCCCAUGCUGGCCCCUCUUCCCAGCCAUCCGCGCCCACAUCCAAGAGGAGCCUAGGGGAACCUGCGGCUGGAGAAGGCUCCGCGAAGCGAUCACAACCUGAGCCAGGUGCCGCGCAAGAGGACUAGACAGCCUGAGAAUUCCCGGCUCUGGGCCACCUAGAUGGACCUUGAGACGCACCUUCAGCCUUUCAGGCCUCGGUACUCUGGAGCCCACAACCUGGACACAACUCCUCAGACUGGCAGCAUGGACCCCAAGGCGACAAGAGAGGGACCCCAAGGAAGCUUCCUGGGCUGGUUGCUCCUCCACCUGUGUUGCCUGAAGACGCAGAACUCCACCUUCAGCUUUUUUGAGCCAUACUGGGACCUUCUUCAGGAGGGAAUGGUGGGCAGGGGGACUCGAGCCUUGCUCAGGGACCCCGAGGGUUAAAGGUACCCAGCAUUCAGGUGGGGGCCUCUGAGUGUGGAAGCCCAGGAGAGCUCUUGUAAUCACCCCCACCACUAGCAGCAGAGGGCAAGGGCUGAGAAACUGCUUGAGGAGAGGGGAAUCUGAGUUGUGGGGGGGCCCUAUUCUGCCCCUCGCUCCAGAACACAGUUCCCUUUCUAGUUUUCCUUCCUCUACUUUUAAGGAGCAUCCUGAAAUCGUGGCAGGGGCAUCUCCAUGGCCUCUAGCUCUUUUAACAAGCCCCCUACCCCCGGCUGGCUCAGAGGGAGAGACCCAGGACAGAAGUCUCCAUGCCUGCUCCCCUGAGCCCCACAGCUAGAGUCUUGCUUCCAAUAAAACAAAUGCAAAAAUGG